UCCGAGGAUGUGGAAAACAAGGCAUCAGGGAUCUCGUGGUCGUCGUCGGGACAUAAUCGCGUACAAGUGGAAAGAUUGUGGCUAGAUGGGCCCUAUUCUAAUCCAGGCACCGCAUACGGGGGAUGUUGCGCUUAUCAAUAGAGGAGAAGAGGCCUCAACGAUCAGGACCUCUAGCCUGAUCGUUGUCAGUGCCUACAUUAGCGUUACUUCCAAAAGGAACACCGAAAGGAUCCUCCUCACCAAAAGUUCUCAUCUUCUCGGUCCAGGUACCUUUUUGCAGACAAUGCUGCCGAGAGGCUCCAGAUUCAGGUGACGAACGAACUGACAGGGUGUGUCGGGUCGUUUUUUAUUUAGUUAAAAAGUAAAAUUAUAGGGUAAAGAAAAAGCAGUAAGAGAGAAGGAAGAGAAAUUAAAGGAGGGAGAGGAAAGAGUAGGAAGAAAUAAGAGGAAGUUUCAAAUUAGAAAUAAUAAAUAAGGGGAAGAAGAGGAAAAGGAAACUUUGUCGAGCAAGAAGAAGUAAAGUGGAGCUCUACACGAGAUAGUGUGAAAGUUUGUAUGUACGAUGUGCAGAAGCGUUAAUGAAGGUUUUUGAGUGAAGUGUUCGACGAUUCGUGCGAUUUGUGAGUAGUGAUAAUGUGGCGAGGAAGACACGUAAUUCUGGCUGGUUUCUGAUCCUCCUAACACUGGAGCGCAAAAUCAUUCAAGUGAAGAAGAAAGCAUGCCAGGGGGGCGAAGGGGCCUAGUAGCCCCUCAAAACACGUUUUUGGAAAAUAUUAUUCGAAGAAGCAGCAGUCAACCUGACAGCAGUUUUCUAUUGGCCAAUGCUCAAAUAGUAGACUUCCCAAUCGUUUAUUGCAAUGAGAGCUUUUGCAAAAUCUCAGGCUACAAUCGGGCUGAGGUAAUGCAAAAGUCAUGCCGUUGUGGAUUUAUGUACGGAGAACUCACAGAUAAGGAAACUAUAACGAGAAUUGAAGAGUGCCUAGAGGGACAGAUUCCUGACCAGUUUGAGAUUUUGCUGUAUAAAAAGAACAAAACCCCAUUAUGGCUGCUGCUGCAAAUAGCCCCAAUAAAAAACGAACGGGACCUAGUGGUCCUGUUUCUGCUGACUUUUCGAGACAUCACCGCACUGAAACAGCCCAUCGAAACAGACGACAGCAAAGGUGGCCUUUCCAAGUUCGCCAAACUAGCCAGAUCAGUUACCAGAUCCAGGUCGGUCCUCGUUUCCCAAUUCAGCUCUCAUAUGCCAGCACUGAAAGAUUCAGCGAUGCCGGUUGCAACAAAGCAAUCGCAUUUGGGUCCUAUGAUGUCCUUAAGUGGAGAUGUGAUGCCCCAGUAUCGACAAGAGGCACCCAAGACUCCUCCUCAUAUCCUCCUACAUUAUUGUGCAUUUAAAGCGAUCUGGGACUGGAUUAUUUUAUGCCUAACUUUCUACACAGCUAUUAUGGUCCCCUACAAUGUCGCCUUUAAGAAUAAGACCAGCGAAGAUGUUUUCCUCCUGGUAGUGGAUACUAUCGUCGAUGUGAUUUUCUUCAUCGAUAUAGUGCUCAAUUUUCAUACCACUUUUGUCGGGGCCGGCGGCGAAGUAGUUUCCGAUCCAAAGGUCAUCAGAAUGAAUUAUCUUAAGUCCUGGUUCAUCAUAGACUUGUUGAGUUGCCUACCAUACGACGUAUUCAACGCCUUCGAUCACGAUGAAGAUGGAAUAGGAAGCCUUUUUUCAGCUCUGAAGGUGGUGAGACUUCUCCGACUCGGCAGGGUUGUCCGAAAACUCGACCGAUAUUUAGAAUAUGGUGCUGCGAUGCUCAUUCUUCUACUCUGUUUUUACAUGCUGGUGGCUCAUUGGCUUGCCUGUAUUUGGUAUUCGAUAGGAAGGUCUGACGCGGAUGCCGGUGUACAGUAUUCGUGGCUGUGGAAAUUGGCCAAUGUUACUCAGUCGCCAUACAGCUACUUGUGGACCAAUGCCAGCACUGCGCCAGAACUUGUCGCUGGGCCAUCUCGUCGGACGAUGUAUGUCACAGCUUUGUACUUCACCAUGACCUGCAUGACUUCCGUGGGGUUUGGAAACGUCGCGGCCGAAACUGAUAACGAGAAGAUAUUCACCAUCUGCAUGAUGAUCAUUGCUGCCUUGUUGUACGCCACGAUAUUUGGACACGUCACAACCAUUAUUCAACAAAUGACGUCUGCGACAGCAAAAUAUCACGACAUGCUAAAUAACGUGCGCGAAUUUAUGAAACUUCACGAGGUGCCUAAAGCUCUUAGCGAGAGGGUCAUGGACUACGUCGUAAGCACAUGGGCAAUGACCAAAGGCCUCGACACAGACAAAGUGCUUAAUUACUGCCCGAAAGAUAUGAAGGCUGACAUAUGCGUGCAUCUUAACCGAAAAGUUUUCAACGAGCACCCUGCAUUUCGGUUGGCGUCCGAUGGAUGUUUGCGAGCUUUGGCGAUGCAUUUUACAAUGUCGCACAGCGCUCCAGGGGAUUUGCUGUAUCACACCGGGGAAUCGAUCGACUCUCUCUGUUUCAUUGUAACUGGUAGCCUGGAGGUGAUACAGGAUGACGAAGUAGUGGCCAUCCUGGGGAAAGGUGACGUCUUCGGGGACAGCUUCUGGAAAGAUUCCGCAGUCGGUCAGAGCGCAGCCAACGUCAGAGCCCUAACCUACUGUGAUUUGCACACCAUCAAAAGAGAUCGUCUCCUCGAAGUUCUCGACUUUUAUCAAGCCUUUGCAAACUCCUUUGCACGCAAUCUUGUCCUCACUUACAAUCUUCGACAUCGGCUCAUUUUUCGGAAAGUAGCUGACGUUCGUCGCGAAAAGGAAUUGGCCGAGAGGCGAAAAAAUGAGCCGCAGCUAGACCAAUCGCAGGAUCAUCUGGUCCGGAAAAUUUUUUCGAGGUUUCGUAGAGAAAGGCACGCUGAUGUGGAAAAGGGCGACACCAAGGAGGGAAAAGAAGGGGAAACUAAAGAAAUUCAAAUCCGGAAGUUGCCCUCGACUGAUGAAACUACCCCAGCUCGUCCAAGACCCAGUAAAUGGGGUAGAUUAUUAGGCAGUUCGAGUUUGGAUUCCAGCAGUGAGGCUGGAACUGGAACGGAUACGUUCAAACGGUCUCUAAGUGCGCGAGAUUCCCGACCUAGUUCCAGUGUCAGUACCAACAAGGUCUUCCCAAAAUUAGGCAAACUCGGGGGAACCAUCGAGGAAUCCCCAGACGUUGGAAAAGAACAUCCUCCAGCUACGACCUUGACUGUAGAAUCCAAACAACUCCAGCUGCGAAGGCUUGAGAGCUACGAUGGUGGCCUGAUCACGCAACCGAGUCACGAGCGUGAAAUCCUGGCAGCUGUUCUCGAGGUCAAGGUGGAUUUGAAGCUCGAAGUUCAACGGGUGAACCAGAAACUCGCCAAGAUCGAAGAUAUGCUGCAGACUUUAAUGAAUAGGCUGCCACCCACCGGAAGUCCUCCACCUAGUGCCGGAGUUCCCCCACAACAGAGAGCCACGGUUCCUCUGGCUACAAAUGGAAGUAGCGUCACGCAACCUUCCACGCCUGUUCUUGUGCCCAAAGCGAUUUCUAGUGUUCAAGGACCCGGAACUGGCUCUGAGCAAAAGUCGGCGACGACGUCGCCAACGUCUACGACGAGUGCGACUACUGUAGUUAGAGAAAGUGAUCAAAUCUCCUCGACAAGCGAACGCCUCGCCCCCAAGUCUCAAGAUCAACAGCAACAGCCACAAACUCAUCAUCACCAUCACCAUCAUCAUCAAUCGAGCGAAAGACAAAAAGAAUUGGCCCCAGAGCGCUUAGGCGGCGGUGCGGAUUACAAAUCCACGACGCGAGAAAUAAAUAAGGAACUUUUAGAAAGGCUUGCGCAAGUUUCUAGUGCCCGGGAUGACACGGGUGGUGCGUUAGGUCCCCUUAUCCUGAGAAAGAGAAGAAGUAAAUCGCGAGGUAAAGGGGUGGCGCCACUUGCGCCUCUGGCCACUCAGCCGACGAGUCCAACCGAGGCCACGGAAACGACACAAAUGUUGGAGUCAACCGAGGACCGGGAGAUGAGCACCGAAAGGUCGGACAGAUCGGAUAAAUCGGAAAGAUCAGACCGGUCAGAGCGGAAAAGACCACCACCUAGACCUAGAGACUACUUGUGAAAUUCCUUACCCUUCCAAUUAAGCUUUCCAAGGCUAGUGGAAACCUUCGGAUUUUUGGGAACUUGAAUCACCCUCGAAGUCACUUCAAGGCUGGAUCUUCCCCCUCGGAUCCACUGCGAAGGAUCUGAGCUUCCUCAGCAGAUGUUGAGACAAGCGAGAGAAAGGUGUUUCUCGAGUUUGGCCAAGAUAGUCGCUCUUGCGACUCGUAUCGUAGGAUAGUCAUCAUAAACGAAAGUGCAAAUUGUAUAAAAUAAUAUUUAAGAUGACGACAAUGCCGUAGGAACCUAUUAACUUUUGCAAGGAUGUUCGCGCUGCACCUUUUGCUAAUGUAGCUAAUAUCGAUUUACAAGUGCGCGUCCCGCGAAGCGCAUCUGUGACACAACGAGAUGCGCCAUUUUAAGAAUGAGGAAAAAAUAUCGCGUUAACAGGAAAAGCUCAUCUCGCUUUUAACAGCUUUCUCGUGACAUCGAAAUUAUUCAAAGAAUAAUUUUUAUCACGCUAAUAUAACUGCGAUUAAAAUAAGGAGUAAAUUUACAAACGCGUCUUAGAAGAAUUAUUAUAUAUUGCAGUCGAUUACGUACGCGGUAGGUCCACACGGAAAUGCGCUUACAAUUUAACGAGACCUAUCGUGGGGAUUAUGAAAUGACGAAUCACUCGUAAUUAGUCUAGUCAAAGAGAUUGGAAUCCGAAUUGUUGUAUCAAAAUCCUUCGGGAUCCAAUUGUUUUUCUCUAUCAACUUCCAAACUUUUCCACUAAACCAUGAUCAAAUCAGGGCUCGGAUUGUGCGACUUUUCUCGAUUUAAAAAAAUUAAAGUGCAGGCCUUACAGACCGGUCAUUAUACCCCCUAUUUUCAAGAUUUGGUCCAAUUGAACUUACAAUAAUGUCAUUUUUCUUUGAACGAAUUAACUCGUGGGUUAACUCUUAUUGACCCAAUUUGUCCGUUUUCGUCCUUCAACUUUGUUAAUUACACUGGAAAAGAUCUGAAAAUGUUUUGAAAAAUGCAAGUAUUUUUAAGUGUGCUCUUUCAGUAUCUGACCCUAAAGUUUUGAAUAAAUCCACCCCUUCCCAUCCUAUUUUUCAAUUUAGAAAAAGAAACGUGAUUUUUUAAGGUAAUUUUUUUAAUCGCAUUUUCGAUGCGAAAUAGGUCUUGGCAAUAGCUGAAAUCAUAAAAACUCCGGCUCAAAAUGUCCAAAUAAUAAAGUUCUACACACAGAAAAUUAAUUUUUCAUCAUUAAGGGGUUGUACGACCACGGACCACCCCUAAAAUAACCUAUUUACGAAAAAACCGCUGUUUUACGGAUUAUUCUGAAAAAAAGUUGUUUCAGCUUUUGAAAACAGGUAAAAAUGGGGGAAAACAUAUCACAAAUAAUAGAAAACAUAUUUCCUUUUGUUAUCUAAGGUUAAAUUUCCUUACCACCCCAUAAAAUAGCCCAAAGGGG